AUUACACUCCACAUUGAUUAGCAUCUUUAUUGUAGGCUUAAAACAUGAUUUCGAAAUUAUUAUUUUUUAAUAGCGGGAAUUCCCUAUGAAUACUAAUAAGAAUAAGAAGAAAGAGCCAAAUGGCUCUCACGACAAAGUCAGCUGUUUGAAGAGACGGCAAAGUUCAUGAAAGAAAGACAGAGGAAUUAAUGUGAACUGAAAUGUCAGGGAAGAGGUCAAUCUUACAGGUGCACAAUGACAGGCUGCUGGACGAUUACGUCUCACUUACGUCAUCAGUUGCUGCGUCUGACGUAGAGAUACAGUCCACGUCUCCUACACGACUGUACCAGAAACUUGUCCUUGUACUGGCUGUUGUUUCAAUUCUAUUGUGCGGCAUGGUUCUUGCUCUGGCCUCACACACCUUCUUCAACAGAUCUGAAAGUCAGGACUCACUCCCAUCAACAAGUACACCAAUAGCCUGUGUUGUAUGCAAACAUCUGAUCAAAAAUCUGUACGAUUUAUCAGCAGCAGAUGAUUUAUUGGAUUCUUUAAACCAUCAGUACAUUGACGGCGUAGAGAAAUGUUGUGCUUACACUAGUCAACAGAUGUCGUCUUUGUUAGAGCUGACCAUGCGCAGACAAGAUAUUAACCAAGUUCCACUGCCAUCCUUCAACUCCUCAGACUUCACGUUCAACCCAGUCUCUGCACACAAACGAAUGUUUCCACCACCAAAUCCAAAUCCAGAAGUGGAAUACAGCAAAAGGGUGCCGAUAUUUCCAAAUCACACCGUCUAUGUUCUGUUUCAACACGAUAACAUAAGUCCAGAUCCUUUAGUGGAACAUGUCCGAGGUGUAGACGUCUUGAAAGAUGGUCUUAGGAUUGUGUAUUCUGGUUUAUACUUUGUGUAUAGCAGCAUCCACUUCAGACCUGAAUCAGCGCAUACUUGUCAAGAUUUCAAGUAUCAGACAUGGACUCAUGUGGUUGAAAGAAUGUCUCCCAACAGCAUAGCCCAAUCAGGUUGUCUUUUAAAAACUUCCCAUACCUGCUGUGAUCACUGCAGCAUGGAUGAACAAACAAGCUACACUGGCGGUGUGUUCUACCUAGAAUCAGGUGACGUUUUGCGCGUGGCCAUCAGUGGCUAUGGUCUUGUCUAUUUUCGCCAGCACUCGAGUUUUGCUGGACUCAUGAUGCUGGGCACAAGGACUUCCGAGAAACAAUUGGAGGAAUAAACUUUGUGUAGACAUUACGUAAGAGGAUAAAGUUGUAAUGAAAUGUUAUUGAUGCCCACAAAGACUUAAUGAUAUUAUGACUAACAUAUUUUGUUCCUUUAAUGAGAUUUUCUAUUCAAAGAGAGCUUUUAUUGUUAUAAAACCAAUGAAAUAUGCCAUUUGAUAUGUACAUGUUGAUGUUGUUUGAUCAGAAAAAUAGAUAUAUCUAUACUGUCUAUUAUUAAUCUUUAUUUUAUUUUUAUUUUUUUGGUGAACUUUUUGCACUCUCCAAAUAAAUACAUUGUUUUUAGGAUGUAUUGAAGGUAUAUAGUGUGUAUGAUGUUUUAUUUAGGAUUUAUUCGAAUGAUGUGUUACAUAUCUAUUGUGUGUAUCAUGUAUUUAAAAAAAAAUGUUGUUCAAAGUAUUGUUUAGCCAAUGUAUUGUAAAACAAAAUGCUAGUAGUAAAUAUUAUACAAAUAUCUCUACUUACUGUACACCAACAACAGUUUUAAUGAUUCCAUUGAAAAACAAGAAAAACAUUAAAAAUACUUUACAAAAUUAAUAAAGCUUAUAUUAAGCGUAGUUAAAUCAAUAGGGUUUGUUGCUGAACAUAAAAAUUAUAUAUGUAUCAGAGGCGAAUAGCCCAAUUUUCAGUAAAAGAAAUUACAAAAGUCAUUUCUCUAUAGAAGAAGUUACGAAGGCUAUAUAAAAUACAACCACAGACCUAUAUAUACUACAAUAAAUAUAGGUUUUGAUUUCUAGUUACGAUUUAUUUAGGUAGGUGCUGUUUUACUAUUACAUACCAAGUAUUAGUGUUUAGAAAAACCCAGGUUUGUUUCUUGUGCAACGCUAUUAGCUAACACCGCAUAUCAUCUCUCCAUUAGUAUAUUUAGAUCUAUAAUCUAAUUCUAGUCUAGAUCUAUAUAUAAAAAUCGAAUAGAUCUAGUAAUAGUAUAGAUUCUAUCUUGAGACUAGAUUGCCGAGUCUAGCCUAUGCUAUGCCUAUAGUCAGUUUUUAUUAGAAAAACGUCUAGAUAUUAAUGAAGACUAAAGUUUUUUAAUUAUUAGAUUAUUAGAUAUAGACAUAGGACAUAGAUUUAAUAAUACUGUAAUACGUGUAGGCCUACUAUACUCUAUACUUAAUCUACUAGACUAGAGAUCUAUCUAUAGAUCUAUCUAUAAUCUAGUCAAUCUAGAUCUAUACAAUAUUCAUUAUAAUACUUCUAGUUAUAAUGACUUAUUUAAUAAGUUAGUACUUAGACUUAGAUCUAUUAUUGUUUAUUAAUAGAUUUACUUUUCAAUGCCUAGACCUAAUAAUAAAAUUGCGAAUGAUGUCUAUAAUGACUGAUUAUUAUUUUUUUUUUAUAGUAGUAGGCCUACUAGAUCUAGGUCUAGACUCUACUUAAAUCUAGUCUAAAAUAAUGACUGUCUAAGACUCUAGAUGAUUGAGAAGUUCACAUAUAGGUGUUGUUAAUAAUACGGCAUGUCGGCUGAAAGUAUAUAAAGUGCUUUUUUUUUUUUGUAAAAAUAAAAAAUAGGUGCCGGUACUCAGUGAGAGAUUGCCUAACUUUCAACUAAUAAUAAAUUAACAAUUAACGUUGAAUUACAAGAAAAGUAAUCAUUUUUUCCCGACAUUGAAAAAAGGUGCCGGUACCCCGUACCGUCACAAAAAUAUAUGUAUAUCUCAAUCUUCUUUCAUUUAAUUUUUUUUUUGCGGGGUUAUUGCUACUUAAUACAUUGAUACCGGAUCGAUUUAAAUAGGGCCUAAGUAUACAAGCAGGAUUUUGAGCAUUGGAUAAAUUUAUUUUUUAAAUACAAAGUUUUAUGGAAGAGUUGUUUGAAGUUUGUAACUUCUUAAAUUCAGGCUAAAAAAAAAUCGAAGCCUACAUUUUUACACUCAUUUCCAAACAUUUAGAAGAGAUGGACUGACUCAUAGUGUAGCUUGUGUACAUCUGCAAAAACACAAACUCUCUUUGUAAUCUUAUCAGUUAGACUUUCAAAACUGUUAAAAAACUUUGUGAUUAUUUUUACUGUAUAAUUCUAUUAUUAUUCCUUUUUAGAAUUAGGAUAUAAACAAAAAUUUGCAUUAUGACUUUGUCUAACAGAAAAAAAAAUGAAACUUACGUCUAUUUAUACAGUUAUUUAUAGUUACCUAGUACCUAGUAAUAUAAAAUAUAUUGAACUAACACGUAGGCCUACAUUCAUCAUAAUGCAGCCAUGUGAUUUUUCGCUUAUGAACAUAGCAUUAUUUAGGACCAAUAUUUUACAAAGGCUGCUUGGAAAAAUCAGGUAUACCCAUUAGGAGAAAAACGACCCCUUUACACAAGAAAAAUUUAAGAAACUAGAACAGACACAAAAUAGACAGUGACAUUCAUAACAAAAUAAAAUUCAAAAUUGGUUGGAGUAACACCUUUUUAAGUAAUCAUUUAAAGUUUAAAAUCACUACAAUUUUUUUCAACAAUUAUUUUGUGUAUGAAAUUGUGUAUCGGAAAAUGCCGGGUACUUGAAAUAAGCUAGUCCUAAAAAAAACACCACAGAUCUUGGGUAAAAUACUCAUCAAAUAAAGUACUGUAAAUGUGUAGUUUCACGCGCUAGUUUCAGGUCUUUUCUUUUUAUAGCCUCUAUCGGGUUAUAUCCCAAGUACCCGUUUUUUUGUGCAGAAUUUUUUUCUCUGCCAGGCACAGUUAAAAUUAUAGCAUAAUAAUGUCAGUUUAAUUUAAAAAGAGAACUGAAAAAUACAAAGAUAUAUAAGGAAAAAAGCCACUUCCGGCCCAAUACUUUUUAAUCAAAGAAACGAAACGGACUAGUCCAACAAACCCUAUUCGUUUUUAAUCAAUAUUGUAAUUAAAUUUCAAAUUGCUCUUUGUUAACAAUAAUAAAUCUGUGCGAUUACAAAUAUUUUUA